CUGAGAAGAAAGGCAUGCUGGGAUAGCUGUGACGGCGGUAUGUUAUGAAGCUAACAUUAGAAGUGAAGAUGCAAAGACCAGUUUACAGUCUAGAUCUGAGUCCCGGUCUGAGACUCAAACUGGUCCGUGCUGGAUUCCGGUUCACGGCAGACCUCCUGGACCUCCGACCGGCGCAGCUCAACGCGGAGGCUGGUCUGUCCCAGCAGGAGGCACUGGAGGUUCUGCAGUCGGUGCAGAGAGGACUAGGAGGUGAUGAAGGAGGGUCUCUGACGGCUCUGGAGCUCCUGCAGAAGGAGGAAGAGGAUCUGAGGAACAUCGUGACGUUCUGCUCUCAGCUGGACUCGAUUCUGGGAGGAGGACUUCCUGUCGGCAAAACCACCGAAAUCUGUGGAGCUCCAGGAGUUGGAAAAACACAACUGUGGUAA